AUGGUAGAUUCUAAGGUUGACCUCAAAAAUUUGUCAGAAUCUCGCAUCUACGUAGAUGGCGUUUUCGACCUAAUCCAUUGGGGCCAUUUGAACGCCCUGAGGCAGUCGUAUGAGCUCGGCGGAAAGCUGGUCAUAGGAAUAAUAUCCGAUGAGGAAACGAGGCGCGCCAAGGGCAUCUGUCCCAUAUACACCCAGGAAGAGCGAGCCGAGAUCGUGAUGGGCUGUAAAUGGGUGGACGAGGUCAUGGUCGGCGUUCCCUACGACGUCACUCUCGAUUUUCUGCUCAACACCGCGAAGUGUGACUACGUUGCACACGGAGACGAUAUCGCAAUUGGCACCAGUGGCAAGGACUGCUACCUUGAGCCGAAAAACGCCGGCCUCAUGAUUCACUUUAAGAGGUCAUAUGGUGUGAGCACUUCCACAACACUAUCCAGGCUUAUUGAGUCGCUGGAGUUUGAAAGGUUCUAUCACCUGGCCAAUGAGAACCACCAGGCAGUGUCCUCUGAUUUCGACAAGGCUCUGAAGAAGAACGAACACGAACUGCUGACUGAGGGCCUCACGGACGUGGAGUCCGCCAGACAACUCGGGGAGCGGCACGUGUCGUAUCCGAGGUGCAGACUGAGCCUGAACCUGCUCUCCAAGUUCCUGUCGAACAAGGAUAGACCAGGGCAAGGCAAAGUUGUUUACGUGGACGGGAGUUUUGACCUCUUUCACAACGGCCACGUGAGGUUCCUGAAGGCAGCGCGCGCACUCGGGGACUACUUGAUAGUUGGAAUCUACGACGACCAGACAGUCAGGACGAUCAAGGGCUCGCCCUUUCCGUUCACGAACAUGCUCGACCGCUGCCUGAUCGUGUCAGCCAUGAAAUACACAGACGACGUGAUCCUAGGGGCGCCGUACAAGAUAACGAAGGACUUUGUGAAGAUUUAUGGCAUUGACAUUGUGGCGGUUGGGAAGUACAGCGACUCGAGGCUCAUUCACGUCAAGUCGAAUCCACUCGAGGUCGUCGAGAACAUGGGCAUCCUCAGGUUCGUCGAUUCCGGCUCCAAGACCACGAGCAUGGAAAUCAUCAAACGCGUCUCCGACAGGAUCGUCCAUAUCAGGGAUAAUGUGACGGAUCGCUGUAGAAGGGAGUCGAUCCACUACAAGGCCUACGAAUGA